CGCAAGGCCCGAGGCCACAGCCCAGCCCAAGCUACCCGCUAUAAAAGGGAGCCGGCACUCAGCCCUGCGUAUCUUUCACCAACUGUUUUGGGCAGAGCUGGUGGACAAACUUGUCACCAUGGAGACUGAAAUGGAGAAGGCCCUGAACCAGGUCAUUGAGGUCUACCACAAGUACUCCACGGCUCAAGGGAACCACCACGCCCUCUACAAGAGUGACCUGAAGAAACUGCUAACUACCGAGUGUCCUCAGUACACGAAGAAAAAGACUGCAACUACCUGGUUCAAGCAGUUGGACAUCAACGAAGAUGGAGCAAUUAACUUUCAGGAGUUCCUCCCGCUUGUGAUAAAAGUGAGCCUGAGAGCCCAUGAAGAGAGCCACAAGCAUUAGGAGAGCUGUUAGGCCCCUGCACUUGUUCCUGCAGAACAAUAAAGUUAUCAAUACCUCAGGCC